CCCCAGUGUCAUGGCCUCUGGUGUUACUGGGAGCGUUUCAGUGGCAUUGCACCCGCUGGUGAUCCUUAACAUAUCUGAUCACUGGAUACGCAUUCGCUCACAGGAAGGACGGCCAAUACAAGUUAUUGGUGCCCUGAUCGGAAAGCAGGAAGGUAGAAAUAUUGAGGUGAUGAACUCUUUUGAGUUGCUUUCUCACACAAUCGACGACAAGGUGCAUAUUGAUAAAGAGUACUACUACACCAAGGAGGAGCAAUUCAAACAGGUCUUCAAAGAGAUGGAAUUUUUGGGCUGGUACACCACAGGAGGACCUCCUGACCAGUCAGACAUCCACAUUCAUAAGCAGGUCUGUGAGAUCAUCGAGAGUCCGCUCUUCCUUAAACUCAACCCCAUGACCAAACAUACUGAUCUUCCUGUUAGUGUUUUUGAAUCUGUGAUCGACAUCAUCAGUGGCGAGGCAACCAUGUUGUUUGCAGAGCUGACUUACACUCUGGCCACGGAGGAGGCGGAGAGAAUCGGAGUCGAUCAUGUCGCCCGAAUGACUGCCACCGGCACCGGAGAGAACUCAACAGUGGCUGAACACCUCAUCGCCCAGCACAGCGCCAUAAAGAUGCUCCACAGCCGAGUGAAGAUCAUUCUAGAGUACGUGAAAGCAGUGGAAGCAGGGGAGGUGCCAUUUAACCAUGAGAUCCUGCGAGAAGCCAACGCUCUGUGCCACAGACUCCCUGUUCUCAGCACCAUCAAGUUCAAAACAGAUUUCUAUGAUCAAUGCAACGACGUGGGCCUCAUGGCCUACCUGGGCACCAUCACCAAGACCUGCAACAGCAUGAACCAGUUCAUCAACAAGUUCAACGUUCUGUACGACAGACAGGGAAUCGGGCGCAGGAUGAGAGGGCUCUUCUUCUGAGCCGACAACAACAACUGCACUUUCUCCUCUGUCUGCUUGUUCAUUUGGAUUUGGGUUUAUCACCAACAAACACACACAGUUGAGAGUCUGUCCCGUUCCAUCACAGGGGGAGAGCACGUCACUCACAGGCUCUCACUUUAGCGCAGAAGCAGAUCCGGUCUUCAUGAUAUUGUUUUACCUGUUUGUUUUAUUGUUUGUUUCUCUAUGUAAUAAAUAAUCUGCUGUUUUUUCAUGCGA